UAAAUUAACGGUGUUUUCAGAAACUGCUGGUGGUCGGCGGUUUGAACGGUGCUGGUCUGGUGACUGGUCUUAAUGGUGGCUUGGUCACUGGUCUUAAUGGUGGCUUGGUCACUGGUCUUAAUGGUGGCUUGGUCACUGGCCUUAAUCCUGGCUUGCUGGGCCAGGGGCUGGUGGUUGGAGGGCUGAACCCAGCGCUGAUCCCUGCUGGUGGCGCUGUAAUCGGACAGACCCCAUUCGCUCAGAUGCUGCCUGGUAUGUCUCCAUUCAUGAUCCAGAAUCCAAUGGCUGCUCCAUUUGGGGCACCCAACCCUCAGGUGCCAAUGCCUCCACAGCCUGCAAUGGGCUUCCCACCCAUGGGACUGCCAUACCUUGCGCCCCAAAACCCUGCCCUGCGCCAGAUGCUGCCUCCUCAGCAGCAAGCAGCGGGCGGGAUGAACCCAAUGGGAAACGGACAGCAGCCACAGGGAGACAUGCCUGCUGGCCCAGUGCCACGAUUCAGGCGAACACUGCUCAGGAGAAUGCAGGCCAAAUCAACUAACACCAACCCUGAGGUCACACCAACCCCAACUGUAUCGAGCACCCUGAUGAACUGAUGAGCUUUUUUUCCAGAGAAGCUGGAGGUGUUUCAGGAAAUUCACACUGUUCUCAUUUUCAUCAAUGUGAAAUCAUGAAAAUCAGGGAAGAAAAUAAUGUGACAAACACUGUGUUCCUUUUCUUGACUAGUUAGAAAAAUCGUUAUUGUACUUUAAUGAUUAGACUUUCAAAUAAAUCUUUGUGCAUCAAAAAAA